AUGGAAAAGGCUGAAGGGUCGUUUCUUUGGGCGAACUUAGCGGUGUCAAUUCUGCUUCGCGAAUCCACCCUAGAGCCCUUUGAGAUAGCACAUCGCUUGGCGCUGCUGCCGACGGACCUUGAUGCGGUAUAUGAGACUAUUCUGAGACGGAUUCGGGACUCACGCGACGAUCGGCUGAGGAAGGCCGCCCGCGAUGCUCUCACCUUGGUGUUGUGCGCCCAGCGGCCGCUUUCGAUCCUCGAGCUACGGGAGGCGCUGGUGGUGACCAGAAAAUUAGAAAUCACGCAGAAGACACAGAAGGGAGACAUUCCACGGGAUAUCGCUGCCCAGCUCCCUGUCUUAUGUGGUGGUCUCAUCGAGGUCUUGCCGGAAACCCCGACGCUGGAAAACAGCGUGAGCGGUAUCCUUGGACAGACGGUAACACUCAUCCACAUAACUGCCAAAGAGUUCCUCAUGAGGGAAGCGUCGUCCGCCUUGGUGAUACACUGGGACGAAGGUGGAAAAGCCGAUUUGCACUUCCAUGCUGCUUUGAUAUGCCUUAGCUUUGUUAAUGCAACAUUUGAGCAUGAAAGCUAUGCAUUCCCGCACCUUCCCACUGCCAGCAAGGCAAUUGCUUCAUCUCACUUCUUGGAGUACGCCGUGCUAUACGGCCUCUGGGGUGAGAACCUUGAAAAUAUCAACGAAGAGGAUCAUUGCGGCCAGACCCCCUUGUCUUUUGCGGCAGCAAUGGGACAUAUCGAUCUCUGCAAAGCCUUGGUUAAGCUCGGCGCAGAUGUGAAUCAUCGCGAUCAGAUAUAUGGCCAAACACCAUUGAAUUGGGCUGCAUUUCAUGGACAUGACAAUGUCGUCGAAUUUCUACUUCAAGCCGGCUCUGACUGCAAAAAUCGCAAAAGCGGUGUUUCUGCCUUGUGGAUAGCCGCUCGCGGUGCCCAUCGGAAAGUCGUCCAGCUUCUCUUAAAAGCGGCUGCGAAGGCCCAGACUUCCGACGAGCGCACUGGCGAGAGCGCUUUAUCUCAAGCCGCCGCACUCGGUCAUAUUCCCAUUGUCUCCUUGCUUCUUAAAUCGGGCGCCGACAUAGAAAACCGGGACAAACACGGAUGGACGCCAAUCCAUCAUUGCGUCAGCCGGGGCCGACGCAAGACCCUGGAAUUGCUCCUCGGGACCGCCAGGCAAGACCAACUCCAGGCUUUGCGGGUCGGUCCUGUUAAGACUCAGCCUUCUUGGGUUGACACGGUUCUCAGAGCCAUUCUUCUCAGUCUAUGUUUCCGCAAGUGCAACCAGUCUGAAACACCUUCGACCGGCAAUACUACCAGGGAUGCCAAGACAUGGAGCGGGCCGGGCCAGAAUCGAAACUCUAUGAUUUCGAACCGCAAACGAGGGAGACACAAACUGGAUCAAGAGUCUGAUGAAGAUGACUACGGAGAGGACCAAGCCGCCUUCAACAAACGCUCUCGUCGUACAAAUUCAGACGGGCGUCGUUUUGCAUGUCCAUACCACCGGAGAAACGCAGUGAAAUAUCAUACUGGAGCCUGUAACGGUAAAGGGUUUGAGAAUAUUUAUCGGCUAAAGGACCAUAGUCCUUGUGUAAAACGAGAGCGGGCGACCGACUAUGAGGAGGGCUUCGACGCUGUUCAGCUUGGGAAACUGGAUUCAGACGAGAUGCGUGUAGGACAGACUUCCGGGGAGGAAUGCUGGUACGCAAUCUUCAAGAUGCUGUUUCCCGACUGGCCCGAGAACGAAGAUAUGCCCAGUCCGUACCAAGAUGACCAAAAUAAGGUCACAUUACCUUAUCAAUCCUGGAUAGAAUUCCGCGAGGGAUUGGCGGGCUCGGACAUAAUCAAUGAGAUCAUGAACUACAUUGCGAACGGCCGCGGGGAACAAGGCGUUAGAGAGAUUCUGGAGCGACGGACUGAGGAACUUUCAAGCCGACUUGGGCUCCCGCCCAUGACUAGCAGGGGACAGGCCUACAAUGCACUUGCUACUAACUUGGCCGUUAUUCCUCAGCCCCUUUCUGCUGCAAACUCACGCUCCCGAUCGACAACCAACGCCCUUCCAUAUGCGGCUCCUUCGCUGCCACUGUCCAUGUCUGCAAACUUAGGGGAAACUCAUUUCCAGGCCAUGGUAAACAACCCCAUAGGAGAUCAUCAAGGCUAUGGCCAAUAUUUGCCCCUCCCGGAUCAAUCCCAUUUCCAGGGGAAUCCCAUCCAGGACCACCAUGGCUCAUUCAAUCCCCAUAGCACAGCCAUGUCGAACUCCGGCCUAGGCACCAGCUCAGUGGUCGUGGGCAACGGGGAAGCCUGA